AUGUGGCGCAACUAUGAAGGAUUCAAGCCUGGUGGUGUUAUUGGGAUGUUUGCUAAGAGUUUCUGGCAACAUGCUGGUUUAGCAUUUGGAGGAUUACUUGAUUAUUAUACAUUUUGUGACAAUACGAAUAAAACAUUAGAAGGAUGGAUCUUAGAUGGGAUGUAUCAUCAAGCAGGCGAGAACUUUGAUUAUGUCGUAGCUAAUCAAUCAAUGACUGAAGGUAAUGAUGAUCAAGGGAUAUGA